AUGGCACCACCGACUAUGUCCCCUGAGGGCGCCGCGGCGAAGAAGGAUAUCAACACCACUCACAUCUCGGAGACCCCCAUAACAUGGGCCAACUGGCACAAGCAUGUCAACUGGCUCAACACCACCUUCAUCAUCAUUGUCCCCAUGAUGGGUCUCAUCUCCUCCUACUGGGUUCCCCUCCAGCUCAACACCGCCAUCUUCAGCGUCAUCUACUACUUUAACACCGGUCUUGGCAUCACCGCCGGUUACCACCGACUGUGGGCUCACAAGUCCUACCAAGCCACCCUUCCUCUCAAGAUCUACCUUGCUGCCGUCGGCGCCGGCGCUGUCGAGGGCUCCAUCAGGUGGUGGUCCAGGGACCACCGUGCUCACCACCGAUACACCGACACCGAAAAGGAUCCCUACUCCGUCCGCAAGGGUCUCCUCUACUCUCACAUCGGCUGGAUGGUUUUCAAGCAGGACCCCAAGCGCAUUGGCCGAACCGACAUCACCGAUUUGAACGAGUGCCCCGUUGUCGUUUGGCAACACAGGAACUUCCUCAAGUGCGUCAUUGCCAUGGGCCUCGUUUUCCCCAUGGCCGUGUGCGGUCUCUUCUUCAAUGACUGGCUAGGCGGCUUCAUCUAUGCUGGUAUUCUUCGAAUUUUCUUCGUCCAGCAGGCUACCUUCUGCGUCAACUCUCUGGCCCACUGGCUCGGCGACCAGCCCUUUGAUGACCGCAACUCUCCCCGUGACCACGUCAUCACUGCCCUGUGGUGGCAGUACGACCCCACCAAGUGGCACAUCUGGGUCUGGAAGCAGCUCGGCCUUGCCUACGAUCUCAAGGAGUUCCGCGCCAACGAAAUCGAAAAGGGCCGCGUCCAGCAGCUCCAGAAGAAGCUCGAUCAGAAGCGUGCUACCCUCGACUGGGGUGUUCCCCUCGAGCAGCUCCCCGUCGUCAGCUGGGAUGAUUUCGUCACCGAUUGCAAGGAGAACGGCAAGAAGCUUACCGCCAUCGCCGGUGUCAUUCACGAUAUCGGUGCCUUCAUCAAGGAGCACCCCGGUGGCAAGGCCCUCAUCUCCUCCGCCGUCGGCAAGGAUGCCACCGCCAUCUUCAACGGCGGUGUUUACUUGCACUCCAACGCCGCCCAUAACCUUCUUUCCACCAUGCGAGUUGGUGUCCUCCGUGGAGGAUGUGAGGUGGAGAUUUGGAAGCGCGCUCAGUUCGAGAACAAGGACAUGUCGUACAUUAGCGACUCGACCGGCCAGCGCAUCCUCCGAGCUGGCGACCAGGUCACUCGCGUACCUCAGCCCGUUGCUGCCGCCGAUGCUGCGUAA